UGCGCUUCCUCCAGAUUCAUCUAUCCACGACGAUAACAUAGUCCCACGCAUCACAUAUAGUAUUAUUCUGGCAUGUCACUCCCAAUAACCCUCUUUGGACAUGCGAUCCUUUCUGGCCCUCUUUCCUCACAACUCCAUAGCUUGUGCUGCCACGCCUCCUUCACCUCCCUCCGAUGAUAACAGCACCCUUGUUGAUCUUACGGUUCAUGAGACGCUUUUGGACUGCUGCAUGGGAAGCAUCGAGGAGAAAGCAUAUAUAGCUCCUCCUACCAGUGACAGAUAUCAACCUCACACACUUCUGUGCAGCUUCGACUAUCGACGAUAACAAGCUCGUCGCAUGUUAAUAAAGUGGCGUAUUCAUCGCGGGCGCUGGCGAGUUGGUCCGGAGCGUCGUGUGGUAGACAUACAGUGCAGCAGUUCAACUCGUCAGUGUCAGAAAGACAGGCGUACACGACCGCUCGGAUAGCGUUACGAGUAUCUUUACUUCAUUCUGCGCUACAUAUUUAAGGCGACAGACACCCGUCCCCACACCUCAGUCUCGUUAACCGUUGACUGAGGCUCGUGCACUAGCUCUUACCUUUGAUACUCUGCUACUUCUCCGGCUACCUUAAAAGCCCGCCUAUCAACAAUUGCUCGUUCAUCCAGGUCAUGCAUUGCCUAUUAUUGAUGUUACUCUUGCGCAGAGGUAAAGAG